AAUCAUUCAGGGAAAGGAAGACUUCUGAUCCUCAUUUGCUAUUUUAGCUAUUCAUUGCAAGUCCGAUACGAAUUCGUUAUGGAGGAUGAAAAGGUAUUUUCGGACUGCGAACCUAUGCCGCCAGGAUCUCGGAAUGCAAGCGGACUCUUCGACUUCUCCCAAUCGACUUUCACUAUGGAUGAGAAUGGAAUAUAUAUUGAGGGAAAUGUGACCUCCGUGUGGAAUGUACACCCUAGAGAUGUUGUUAAGGCGGAGUUAUCUCUUUCAUACUUUGACCGUGGGUCUUGGGUGCCGACCAUACUGAAUUUGGCUCCUAAGGACUUAUGCAAGGUGCUCUACGACAAAAAGCAAUACUGGUAUAUUUACUGGUUUAGCCACGUCACAAAUGCAGAGGAUGUGAAGGAUAAAUGCCUUUAUUACGGAACAACAUUUAUUUUUGAACCAUUUUAUUUCAACAUAUUCCUUGGCCUUGAUAUGCCUCUGAGAGGUGGGCGUUAUCUGAUUAACAUUGGGCUAACUGCCCACGAUCCAAAUGGUAUCAAGCGCGAAGACACGAUUUGCAUGGGAAUGCGCGGUGAUUUGAAUAAGAUUCUAUAAUCUCGGCAGUAAUGUUCUCUUUCAAUUAAAAAUCCUGGCUAAUGCUUUCAAAUGCUG